GGUCUUUUUUUGAAGCUGACAAAUGACAUCAGUAAAUUAAGAUUUAAACGUUUAAAUGCUACUUCUGAUUAAAAUAAAUUAACUUUUCAAUGACGAAUCAAUUUUUGAAAGAGCACAUGUUAAUAAUCAAUGAUAGAAUAAGUAAGAUUGUUUUGAAAGAAGGAACUGGAGAAACUUUCAACAAUUGUCUUGAAGAUCUUCGAGUUAUUUACAAUUACAAAACAUUCUACGAAGACUCUGAAACACCAUUUGACUAUAAAAAAUCAGUAGUUAUUGAUAUCAAAAAUGAUGUUGAACCUUUACCUGGAUAUACACAAGCCCUUGCAACUAUGAAACUUUAUGAGAAAGCAAAAUUUUGGAUUUCUCACGAUCUUCUCGGUUUUCCACUGAAUAAAAAUGUUUACAUGAUCGCAGAAAUAUUUUAUGCUGAAUUUUCUCAACAAAAUGCCAUGAAAAAUGAAAGCUUCAAUUCAAAAUUCAAGAUUAUUUUGGAUUUCCGUAACCAUGCGCUGAGUUUCUAUCAACAAGAAAACUAUAAAGAAGCGACAGAAAGUUACAAGAUUGGCUUGAAGAUUCUCAACGAUUCAAAGACUUCUAAUGAAGCUCAAGAACUUAAAAAGAAAGUCGCCUUGGAAGAAUUCUACCAGAACAUAGCUUUAUGUUGCAUCAAGAAAAAUAGUCCACGUUUGGCUCUAACUUAUGUCCACUUACUUGAAAAACUUACAUCAAUUGAAUACAAUCUUGAAGCUUUAUACAUAAAAGGAAAAGCUUUUUUAAUGAUAAAAAAUUUUACGGAAAGUUUGAAACAUUUGAAGGCAACUCAAUUUUUGUUGCCUUCUGAUCCAGUAGUUGAGCAAACAUUAAAUGAGUGGGCGGUCGAAUUUAAGAAGGAAACAUCAGAAAAGAUCGAAUAUCUCAUGAAACUUCCACCUAAAAAGCUGCAAGACGGGCAGGAAAUUGCCAUGGAGUUUGAGCGUAUGACGACCAUGUUUGGAACUCUAUUAACGACUAAAGAUUCUGAUGAUAAAAUGUUGAAGAAUUCUAAACAGAAAGAUGCUGUGAGUACUUUAUACGAGUUUAGCCAAAAGAAUCACUUGGAAAAGCCUAUUUUUGAACAAAACUUCAUGUAUGCGAAUAAGAAAUAUCCUAAAUUCACAAUGACAUGCAAAUUUCUCGGCCAUGAAGUCGUUGGAGAAGGAAAACUAAAGAAAGACGCAAAACAAGCUGCAGCUAAAAGAAUUUUAAUGUUACUAGAUGGAAAUACUGAUGUUUAUGUUUAUUAACUUUAUUUCUAAAUUUAAAUAUUCACUAAAAAAAGUUGAAAGUUUUAAAAUCUUACGAGUCGAGCUUAUGUAAGAAGAGAACAAAUAAAAUAAACAACAAUUAAAUUAAGAUCACUGAAACGUAACGCUUGAUGGUCAC